GAUCUGGAAUGGAAAAUAAUUUAUGUGGGCUCAGCUGAAAGUGAAGAAUAUGAUCAGGUGUUAGACUCAGUUUUAGUAGGACCAGUUCCUGCGGGCAGACACAUGUUCGUAUUUCAGGCUGACGCACCUAACCCAGGGCUUAUUCCAGAUGCAGAUGCAGUAGGUGUAACAGUUGUGCUAAUUACAUGCACGUACCGAGGUCAAGAAUUCAUUAGAGUUGGCUACUAUGUAAACAAUGAGUACACCGAAACAGAACUGAGGGAGAACCCGCCAGUAAAGCCAGACUUUUCUAAGCUUCAAAGGAAUAUUUUGGCAUCUAAUCCUAGAGUCACGAGAUUCCACAUUAACUGGGAGGACAACACUGAAAAACUGGAAGAUGCAGAGAGCAGUAAUCCAAAUCUACAAUCACUGCUUUCCACAGAUGCAUUACCUUCAGCAUCAAAGGGCUGGUCAACAUCAGAAAAUUCACUAAAUGUUAUGUUAGAAUCUCAUAUGGACUGCAUGUGACUAACCACCAUGGUUUUGGUACUGUAUAUGUGUUAAACUGUAAAAACAACCAGAACUAUUUCCCUGAAAUUCCAUAAGUACAUAGUUGACAAGCAAUGUGAAGAACUUGUUUUAAAACAUCCUGUAGAAAGUU